GUUCGAGCCUCGCCUGACAUCUGCUAUCGAUACCACGUAUUUCCCGACCGACGAGAUCGACCAGACGGACAACGCGACGGUGCUCAAGGCCCAGGCCAUUGCUAACGGCAAGGCUGUGGAGGAGACGCCCGAGAUGAGCUUGCCCUUCAUCGGUUACACAUUCAAGCGGUUCGACAACAACUUCCGAUGAUCAUGUCGCAGUGCUGCCUGGUCCUUGUAUCGGUAGCUGUCUGCAGCACGACAAGUGAAUGUCUGGAUACUUGGGGUUUGAGCAUUGGCAGCAGUUGGGCUCCGCAUCGACUUGUCCCGUAUUGGCCACUAUUAGCAUUACCCCCUGAUUUCUUCGGAUCGUACAAAGAUGGCCAACAUCAUCUUGGUCUUGCGAGACCUCGUGUCUUGCUGUCUCGUUUGGAAUGUUGCUCCGGAUGUCAAAUACCCUGGAGCGAAGCCAGGCCGGUCUCACGUAUGUUUGCAUCUGGUCCCGCUGCCGAUCUGAGAUAUGGAACUGCCCGCCUUUUCAUUGCGUGCCAUUGUCAGCGCACCCAUGACUGAUUGCACAAGGAGUAAAUGGUAUGCGGCCCGGUUGGCUUCCUUGCUCAACUGUACCAUGCAUUGUGGCCACCAAGAAACCCGAGAUG